CGUAUUUUGGAGUGGUGGGUCUUGAAGACUUUUGUUUAUAUUUAUUAGUUGUUCAUUGCGUUGCAUUGCAUCGUUGUUGUUAUACUUGAAUUGUAUCUAUAAUAACGAGAGGAGGGAGUUGAGAGAAUGGAAUUUAUUGUAGAGAGCUUGAAGCAAGGCACGGAACAUUUCAGUUGACUCGGAGUUGCUGGUCAGAAGUGUCGCGUACAAAUUUUAAUUAGUUUAGGACAACUACUCUUUAUUUUUCGUAUUCAAAUCAUACUCGUGGUAAUUUUCUCAAUAUUUAAUUGAUUUUCUCUCUCCAACUUGAUACAAAUAGAAGCCAACAUGGAGCGAAAGUUUAUAAAUGUUAUUUUACUUGGAUUCGGAUUUAUGUUUGUGUUUACUGCAUUUCAAACUAUGGGAAACAUAGAGAAAACCAUACUCGACAGCAUAACGCAAGAUGACCCUGGAUUCAGCGGCGAUGGGUAUACAUCCCUGGCCAUCAUCUACGCGACCCUGGCCAUCUGCAACUGGAUGGCGCCCUCUAUUAUCACUAUCACUGGACCUAGGGGCGCCAUGCUUAUUGGCGCCUUCACUUAUCUAUUUUUCAUAAUAACGUUCCUGUUCCCUCGCACGUGGCUGCUAUACGUGGCCAGCGUGUGUAUCGGCGCAGGCGCAGCCGCCAUCUGGACGGGGCAAGGGAACUACCUCACGCUGAACAGCGAUGCUGACACCAUAUCCAGGAACUCUGGAGUCUUCUGGGCUAUGCUGCAGUGCAGUUUGUUCUUCGGGAAUCUGUUCGUGUUCAUAAAGUUCCAAGGCAAGAGCCACAUCGAUGUAGAGACGAGGAAUGUGGUUUUUGGAGCCCUAACUGGGGUUUGCGCUGUUGGUAUCGUCUUCCUGCUGUUGCUGAGGCCUACCAGGCGGUCGCCGACUUUGGAAGAUGCCAAGACGGAAUUGGGUAGAAGCGAAGAGGAAGGCCCUAUGGAAGCUUUCAAGGGAGCCUUGAGGCUGUUUUGUACCAGAGACAUGCUGCUACUCAGUGUCACCUUCAUCUACACAGGUGUGGAGCUGUCCUUCUUCAGUGGUGUGUACAGUCCGAGCAUUGGUUUCACACUGGCCAUGGGCGAAAACGCGAAGCAACUGGUCGGCCUUUCUGGUGUCUUCAUAGGUCUGGGAGAAGUUCUUGGUGGAGCUCUCUUCGGUAUCCUCGGCAACAAGACCACUCGCUGGGGCCGCGACCCGAUCGUCAUCAUGGGCUACGUGAUCCACCUGAGCAGUUUCUUCCUAAUCUUCAUCAACUUGCCCAAUGAGGCUCCCUUCGGAGACACCAACGAAGUGUCUUACAUCAACCCAUCGCCAUACUUGGCUAUGCUGUGCAGUUUCUUACUAGGCUUUGGAGAUGCGUGCUUCAACACCCAGAUAUACUCGAUCCUCGGAGGAAACUAUUCUGACAAGAGCACGUCAGCCUUUGCGCUCUUCAAGUUCACUCAGUCAAUGGCGGCAGCAGCUUGCUUCUUCUACUCGUCGCGCGCGUACCUAUCAGUGCAACUAGUGAUCCUGGCAGUCCUCGCGUCGCUCGGCACAGCCUCCUUCUGCCGCGUGGAAUGGGGAGCGCGGGCGCGCGCGCGGGCCCAAGCGUUGGAAGCCAUCGACGACAAGAUUAAUCCUGCGACGCACGCGCUUGCUGAUAAUGCGCUGCAUUAUGACUGAACCACCACCUAACUAUAUUACAUUGGAUUCGUUUGCAUAGGAUGAAUAGGGUGUUUGCCACGCCACCACCAAUCAGUUGACGUACUUUUUAAAACUGUCAAAACGAGACUCCUAUAGAUUUUGUAUGGCAAUACUAGCCAGUGACGUCAUUAUUUUGUCAACUCAAUUGAAUUACUUUUUUAAUUAGGUACAAUGCAACCAAAAAUCUUAAUUAAUUAAGUUUUUAAGAUCAGAAUGAAGUGCCU